AUGACGGAGAAAUAUAUUCCAGAAAUAAAUUUCAGUGUCGUCAAAGAUCCCAUUAUUUGCAAACAGUGCUUUGUUUCCUUCAGUACCCACAGUAGUUUCAUACAGAAAUGCUUAACAAUAAAGGAAAACGUUAAGAGUGUUCAUGGUACAAAAGUCACUACAAGUUUGGGCUGGACUCCAUCCUUAGUUUCUCCCGUUAAAGUUGAAGAGAUCAAUUCCUUAGUUUCUCCCGUUAAAGUUGAAGAGAUCAAUAUAAAAUCGGAAUUAAAUGGACAGGAAGAUGAGUUUAUCAAAAUGGGAUCUACUGCACUGAAAUUUGAAGAUGAAGAGAUGUUGAUUAAAUCUGAGUCUUUGGAUAUAAAAGUAGAAGAAAAUGAUAAAGAGAGUUACAUAUUUCCGGAUAUUUCACCCCAUGAACUAGAAGAGACAGAGGAGAUUUCCGAAGUAGACAAGAGUAUAAACCAAUUUGAAUCUGAUCAGAUACCCAAAAUAUACAUUUGUGAUAAAUGUAAUUUUCAAAGUAAAAACAGGAAAAGUUUCAUAGGUCACCAAAUAGUACACAAGGAUCCCUCGGCCGUGCAAUUGUACAAGUGCGAUUUGUGUGAUUUUGAGUCCAAAUAUAACGGGUCUUUUAAGCGUCACCUGGUGAAACAUGUUAAGGGCGCUACAUUUUCGGAAGCACCGAUACUCAGGUGUGAUUCGUGUGAUUACAAAACGAAAUAUAAAAACAAACUCAAGUGCCACCAACUGACACACACGAAUCCCUCAGAGGUGCGGUUACACACGUGCGAUCUGUGUGAUUUUAAGUCGAAAUAUAAGGAAAGCAUAAGACUUCAUCAGUUGAAACACGCUGAUCCCACAAAAGUACAGAUGUACUCUUGUGAGUCGUGUAAUUUUAAGACUAAAUAUAAAGGGAGUCUUAAGCUUCACCAGUUGAAACACGCCGAUCCCUCAAAAGUGGAUAUGUACUCAUGUGAUCUGUGUGACUUUAAGGCGAAAUACAUGAACAAACUUAAGCGGCACAAAGCGAAACACAUGGAACUUUCGCAGGCGCGGACAUACAAUUGCAAUGAAUGUAAUUUUAAGUUUAAAUAUGUAGAGUCCUUUAGGCAGCACCAGUUGAAACACGCUAAUUGUCGGCAAACACCGACGUACGAGUGCGACUUGUGCGUAUUCGCGACUAAAAGAAAGAGCGGUCUUAUUUCCCAUAAGUUGCAACAUGCUGACCUCUCACAGAUACAAAUAUACAAGUGUGACGUAUGUGACUUUCAAACUAAGUAUAAGAACAAACUUGAACCCCACCAGGCGACGCACGCGGAUCCAUUGAAAGCACAGUUGUACACAUGUGAUUUGUGUAAUUUUAAGUCCGAACGUAAGAGCAGUCUUUAUUUCCACCAAAUGAAACACACGAAACACUCGGAUAUGAGAAUUCACAAGUGUGAUUUGUGCGAUUUCGUGUCGAAAUAUAAAUUCGACCUUAAGUACCACAAGUUGAAACAUGCCGAUUCUUCGGCAGUGCCAGGGUACAAAUGUGAUUUGUGUGACUUUGUCAGCAAGUAUGAAAGUAGGCUUAAGUAUCAUCAACUGAGGCAUGCAGACCCUACAAAGGUGCAAAUGCACAAGUGUAAUUUGUGCGAUUUUGAAACCAAAUACCGGAGCAGUCUUAAGUCCCAUCUAUCAAAACAUGCAGAUUCUGUUUGACAGACCUCUGGAUGAGAUAGUUCGAAGUCAGAGUUUUCUCACUUAAAAAUUGUCAAGCCUAUAACUUAUAUAAGUUUUAACAUAUUGCAAGAAUCUAUUUAUAUCAAGGCCUUCUAAGUUAACUAUUUAAUUUAAAAAUUAGUGAGAUAACCUAUAAAGGAUAUGUCACAUCUUAAAUGUCAUUGAGAAUAACAUGACACUGUAUAAAAAAAUAUUUAUUUUGAGUACAAAUGCCCAAAUAGAUAAAUUCCAAUUAUAGGACAAGAAAAUACAUAAAUUUAAAUUGAAAUUAGUAGUAGUAGUAUAAUUAGCUCUGCGAGCCAAGAAGGCUCAUGGCUUGGUUACACAUUUUUUCCCUUCCUUUUUGUUUUCUACUUUUCUCCUCCUGUCCCCUAUUCCCAUUUCAUCCAAAUCCCUCUCCACCGCUUGUAGCCAUUUAAUCCAAGGUCUGCCCCUUCUCCCCAUUAUACCGCCUGUCAGUACUUCUCUUGUUGGUCUCUCUCCUUCCAGCCUUUGUCGUGUCCCAGCUACCUCAAUCUUUGUACUCUAGCCGCAUUUGUUAUUAAUGGCUCCCUGUAUAUUGUCAUCAAUUCCUCGUUUGUUCUUCUCAGCCAUAACUCUCCUUUGUUUCCUCCAUAUAUUUUUCUCAAUACUUUUCUCUUAAAUAUUUCCAGAGUAUUUUUCAUUUGUAUUCAAUUUUCAUGCUUCGCUUUCAUAAACAACUAUCGGUCAUAUAUAUUCUUUUCUUGACAUUUUUUUAUGUAUUUUUUGAUCUUAACAACUGAUGCAGCCCUCCCAAAAAUUUUGUUCCUUUUGCAAUCCUUUCAUGUAUUUCAUCUUUUUCUUCUCUAUUAUCAGUUAUUGCCACUCCCAGAUAAUUAAAUUUUGUCACUUAUACUAUACUUUUCUUAUACCUUAAAAUAGGCUAUAAAGAGCUUUAAUUUGAUAUAUAAAUUGAUGGAUUUUUUGUUCUACACAGGGUGUUUAAAAUUGGACGUGAUAACAUUGUUAACUAGGAAACUGUUAGAGAUAGUUGAGAUGGUUGAAUUGUAACACAAUUGCGUAAUGAAAAAUCGAAAAUAUCUUAGUUGGUUCUUGAGAUUUUUUGAAAAAUUCGAAAUUGUGAAAAACCUUCCAUAAUUGGCAGAAAAGUAACAAACAACAAAAUCGAAAGGAGACUUAUUUUUAAUUUACAAUAGGACAAAAGUUACAAUAAGAUGUAUUGCAACUGUUUAAUAUUUUGCAAUUUUUGAUUUCUCUUCAAAAAUAUUAUCGUAUCCAUUUUAAACAACCUGCAUAGUAACAGAUUCUAUCCACCCUUAUCUCAAAUUAAUUACAGUAAUACAGUAACUAAGAAAAAACUGCCCGAAAUAAAAACAGCCGCUAUUUUGUUAUUAUUUGUUUUUAAAAAUUAAGCGGGAAACACAGACUCGAUGAGUUUUAAGUGGCAGACCCUGUAUUUUCACCGUAAUAGUUACUGCAACUCCAGAAAUUGUUCUGAAUUCUGUAAAAAACAUUGCAUUAAAGAAAUUUGUAUGUGAUGAAGGUUUUGCAUAUCUAAUUCACCCAUAUGUAAAUCAGAUUAACCUUGUUGAGACUAAAAGAUAGGUGCAAUAUUUGCAAAACUAUUCUCAAUGCAAAUAAUCAUGCAUAUUUACCCCUAAAUGAUGAGCCCAGCACUUUAUAUCAUAUAUCUUAUAAAAGACAGUCAUCAUAAGAUAUCCUUUGUGAAUGGUGUGAGUUUGCACUUUAUUUUUAUUCAACAGAGACAUUUUCAUAUUGAAAUAGAUGGUGAAAGAUUAUUGGUUGUUUUAAGUUGGUACAGUUUUGUAAUAUAAACCUUAUUUUUGUAGUCACAACAUCAGGGUGAAUUUGAUGUACAAAAAAUUCAAUUUAAAAAAAAAUAAAUAUGAAUGCAGAACCUAAAUAUAUUUCAUAUUACUCGAGAUAGACCUAAAAAUAUAAACAUUUGUAUUUAUCAUUUUUUGUUUUUCUAAAAAAAAGUGAUGACUACAUACAAAUAUGUCAAAUGUAAAUAUGAAAAACUAAAUUAUGAUACUGUUUGAUAGAGCUACAAUAUGAGUCAACAAUUUGUAUUAUUUUUAUUAAAAAUUCCUUUGAAAAAUAAUUAUAUAAUGAAUUUCUUUUGAUAACUUUUCAUUCUACAAAUUAUGGUCACCUCUCUCGAAAUAACAUUAUGUUAUUACCCAUAUCUUUGCUUGUAGUAAUUUUUUUAAUAAUAACUUUCUUCAGUGACAAACGGUGAAACAUAUUUAAUUUACCUUAUUAUGUGCUUUACAGAUGGGAUGUAAUUACUUAAGGUAAAUGGUGAAGUAUGUUGUCACAUACCAGGUACGUUACUCUGCCAUUAAAAUUUAAGAUGUAAUCUGAUCCUAAGUAAAUAAAUAUAAGAUUU